CUUCAGUUUUUGUUUGUACAACCUAGGCUACUGUCAGUUCUCUCGGUAAAAGCCACUUACUCUCAAAGUACAGGAACAGAAAACCCCUCCUCCCGCCCACACACGCAGGUUUUGCGUCUAGCUCUGUCAGAUGUGCAGAGAGGCAGGCAGCAGAGACAGGACAAGUCUGAGAAGAAGACCACCUCACACAUCAUAAGAUGGAACUGGGGCUGAAGCAGUUGACUCUGGUGCUGCUCACAGCUGCAGUAGCAGCCAUGCUGGUAUCAGAAGAAUCUGUGAUUCUGGAUGAAACACAGAGAAAAGUGGAAGUUGCUCUUGGUUCCUCUCUGAUUCUGAGAUGCCUUUUGAAGACAGAGCAAUAUGAAAGAUUUCGGGUGUGCUGGUAUUUUGACCCCAAUGGAACUUCAUUCAACAUCUCACACAACAUCUCUGAGAUGGUCUUUAACAGAUCUGCAGACACCUCCAGCAAAACAAAUCAGAGCUUGAGGGAUGAAGGGCGAGAUACUGAAGCGGCACCCUUUUUGUCAAAUGUUAUUCACAGGAAGAACGGAUGGUACUCUUGCAAAGUCAUAGGAGAGAUUCCCCUUCAUAACACUAUUGAAAGCAAAGGAACACAAGUGGUCAUAACAAAGAGCUUAAUGGAAAAUACGACGUAUCCGUCAAUAGUGACGAGUAAACAAGUAUCUUGCACAGACAAAGACAAAGUGCUCGACUUGUGGGUGUGGAUCCUUCUGGGGGUAUCUACUUUGAUCAUGUUCGUCCUGCUGAUCAUAUUGGUGUUGGUGAGAAGACGUUGCCGCAGAAGCAGAGCAGAGGAGCCUGUCUAUUCAAACAUGCCUGCUAAGGGCAAACAGCCUUCACCUCGGCCGGGGAUGCCGCCCAUCGACGUGAAGACAGUUCCUUCCUCUCACAAACUCUGCACCCCGAAUUCCGGCAGGAGAUACGACGAACACAAACGGAGGCACAAACAGUGAAACAGUGAGGAAGACAUGGAGGUUUUUUUUUUUUUUAUGAUGGACACGGUUCAUGCGGUUAUUUUAUUUUGAAGUAUAUCCUGUCAAAUGGCUAUUAUGAACCACUAGAUGGCAGAUGCUGCAUGCUGUAAAUAGGUGAAUAUAUUUUGUUUUCCUUUUUAUGUUGAAACAGUUGUUUUGUAUGUUAAAUAAUCAUAAAUAAUCAUGAAGUGGCAAAUUUUUAUCUUUUUACUGUGAAUUAUGACCGAAAUGUAAAUGAUUUAAGUGUGUGAUUUUUUUUUUUUUUUGUUAGAGUUUAUAUUAAAUUUGAAGGUGCCGAAAAUGUAGUUUUUGUUUUACAUUUGAUUACGUUUUGUAAUAUUUUGAUUU